AUGUCGUCAUCGUCGUCCUCCACCUCCGAGCAGCGCGUGGCGUUCCGCUCGACUGCCGUCGUCACGGGCUUUGACGGGAAAGUCGAAUGUGUGACGCACUACUCGUCCCGCGUUGUGCUGGGCUCGCAAGAUGGUCGCCUCGUUAUGUACGACACACGAAAAGGCACGUCGACCGCCACUGCGUCGCACACGUUCGCCCACGGCAAACGCGUGGACCAACUGCUUGCUGUGCCCCACAUCCGCAUGCUCAUUGCAGUGUCCAACGGACAAGUGUCUGCCCACGGCGCGACGGACCUCAAGACGCUCGAGUUUGACUUUUCCAAGGCCAAUGCGCACCACGUGCGACUUGUGUGUGUGAAUCAGCGUGGACCACCUCAUUUUCGGCUGGGCGUCGCGCUUCUCAAACGAAAAGCAAUUGCAAUCUACCAGUACUCGAGCACGGAUAAGAAAUAUUCGUUUUUGCGGGAAUUUAGUACCCAAGAUGUACCAGAAGCCAUGAGCUGGUACCGCAACAAAGUCAUGGUCGGGUUCCGGAAAAACUACUUUUUGCUGAAUGACAAGUCGGGUGAAGCCACGCCUGUGAAUGCACCAGGAAUCCAGGACCCCACUGUGUUCCCAGUUGUCAAGUUGUUGCCGAAAGAAGAGAUUCUCGUCACGGUGAUGGAUCGAGUGGGCGUGUUUGUGAGCUUUACGGGCGACACAAUGCCCAAGAAUUCAAUCACGUGGUCGCAAAGUCCGCAGCAAGUGGAAUUCUCUUCGCUCUACUUGCUGGCUUUAGUACCAAGGGUGGGUGUCGAGAUCCAUCGUGCUAGUGACGGCGUGCUGGUCCAAACGAUGCCAAUGGCUCGAGCAGUCUGUAUGUUUGCGAACGGCAUGAAGUGGGACAUGGAGCCGAGACCGAGUGGGGAUAGUGAAGAUGUCGUGAUGGUUGGCGUGAGAGACUCGAACGGAACGUCGAGUGUCAUGAAAGUUGAACCUAUGCCGCAUGAUCAACAGGUUGGCGAGCUGUUAGAUCGCGGACAGAUCGACGAAGCCCAAAACUUUGUGCGCAAGUCCAUUGCGUCUUUGUCGAGCGAAAAGCAGCGCAGCAAGAUUAAACGCUUCCAGCGUCAGGCUACAGUAGCGCUGCUGCGCCGAUUGGAGUUUGACAAUGCAGUAGACUAUAUGUAUCGUGCUGCCAUUGAGCCGUGUGAGUUCAUCGCCUUUUUUCCUGAUCUCCAGUGUGCGUCAUUCGCGUAUGAACCUUCCGUUUUCAAAUCUGAGGUGCUCCCACGCGGCAGCAGCUCUGCACCAGACAUCACGUCUGUUAUCCAGGAACUGCUGUCAUCACCGCGCACACUUUUGGAUAGUGACGUCGCCAAAAGUGAUGUCGCUGAUCUCGUUAAUGCCGCGCAGAAAGCGCUUCUUAAGUUUCUGGGCCAAUACAAGAAGCAUCAGCGCGACAAGGCCCGUGCUCGUGCGACCCCUGCGUCAUCUUCAAGAGGCCGCUCUACAUCGGCGGGAGCUGGAGGCAGUCCUAAAGAUGUGCGUCGUGUAGAAGCCAUUGACACUGCACUUUUCCGCCUUUACGUUCAUUUCAAGAGGUACAAAGAGCUGCUUGCUCUCAUCCAGGAGCCCAAUCCAGACGUAGAAGGCCCACCAGGAUCUCUUGGAGGCUGCGCUCUUGAAUUGGAAACAUGCCAAGCGCUGUUGGUGAAACACAAUCUUUACUACGAGGCUGCCCAGUUGCUGUGUGCUCAUCAGAAUUAUGACAAGGCCCUGGAAAUAUUAGCUCUCUUGCACCAUGGCGAGUACAAGCAGCGUAGUGGUUCAAGUGGCAUGCCAAAGUCUUCGAUUGAAGCAGCGAUCGAUGUUUUGGUGGCAGUGCCCGAGUCGGAGAGCGAGUUCAUCUUCAAGCAAUCAAUUUGGAUCAUUAAGGCGACGUCUGCUAAGCAAGCUUUGCGUAUUUUCACGGACCGUCGACCGCCGUUGCCUUCGAACGAUGUGGUAGCGCAUUUGCGAGAGUAUUCGGACGAUCCUGCGAUUGUCCAGAGGUAUCUUGAAACCCUCGUCAAGGCUACUGGUGAAACUGGCGCGAGUGCAGCAGGUGCGACAGCUGCCGUUGGCGACAGCGGAAGUGGAAACGUUGCAGGGGGUAGUAGUCGAGGCUUUUCUGUCUUUGUUGAUCCAGGUGGCGCAGAGCUGGGAGUGAAUGACAGUUACAGUCACUUUCUAGCCGGCGAUAACGAUGAUGACGACGAGCCUGCUCGUGAGCCAGGUGGUGGCGUGGCAUCAAUUGCGGUUGACCCGCACCACACUCGCUUGGCACUGGAAUAUCUGGAUGAAACCCUUCGGCUUGUAGCCAAGGGCGAGGUGCCGUCAAAAUCUCAGCCAGGCAAAGAGUCCGGCGCGUUAGGUGAUACGCGCAAGAGACUUCUGAAAUUCCUCAAGUCGAGCUCUUCACGCUACGAUGUCGCACCGCUUGUGGAGAAAAUAAGGGGCAAGGCGCUGUACAACGAGUUCGUGAUCCUUUGUGGCCGAGGCGCGCUGCACGAGGAAGCCAUCACGUCGCUAGUGUACGAGCUCAAUGAUUUGCGUGGAGCCGAGAGCUACUCCGUCAAGUAUGGAGCGCACGCGCCAUCGGCUGGAUCGGCAGCACUGGCCAAGCAGAAGGCCGGGGCUGCCAUGGAGCGCAACGAAGCGUUGAUGAAGUUGCUGAAGAUAUGCUUUGCUCCUCGUGACGAGUCUAAAAAGGCAGCAUUUCAUGACUUUGGCUUCCAACUGCUUGCUCGCCACGGAAAAAGCCUGGACAGUGCUGCAGUGCUCGAGAUGGUGCCGCCGAGCACGCCGUUGUCGAAACUUGGUGAAUUCUUUGCACAGGCGCUGCCGCAUAGUGCACACAACGUGCGGGAGAUGAGCAUCGCGAAGUCGUUGUCGAACGUCUACAACUUGCAAGUCCAAUGCGACCGCGUCGAGCGUCUCACUCAGAGUGUGCAGGUGGACCCGAAUACGCUCUGCCCCGUGUGCCGCAAGCGUAUUGGUGACAUCGUGUUUGCCGUUUACCCGAAUAACAAGGUCGUGCAUUACAAUUGCACGAACAGCAACCUCCAGCUUUGUCCCGUAACGGGUGAACACUUCACCUAA